CACAAGAAAGCAUUCUACUCAGAACCAAAACAUCCUAACUCCUACUCCUUCACCAUGAAGUCCCCAAUCUACCUUCUGACCGCACUGCUGCCCCUGACCCUGGCCCUACCCUCCGCCGAAGAAGCCGACGUCGACUCCGACGACAUCGACGUCCACCUCGCUGCCCGGAAGUCCUGCAAGUCAAGCAAGCAAAUCAACUACUACCAAUGGCCUGUGGUCCAGACCGGAAGCUAUCAGGCACAGACUAACGUCGAUUACCGGUGCAAGUGGAGGAACGGCGACUGGUACAAGACUGGCAAGAAUUGGUGGGUGCGGGGAAGUGAUGUCCCCAGCAGUUGCAAGAGCGGCCUGCCCACCUGCGGCGUCUGAGCUUGAGAAGCUUCAAUGCUUGUUUCGGCUUCUUGCCACUCUCUUUACUGUAGCAAUUGGAUGAUGUUUAUUGAUAGUGGAACAGAUAAUGAC